AUGGAUACGAGCAGUGACGAUUUUUACUCCUUAGAACACUAUCUGAAGAUGAAUACUGGUCCCAACCAUCCGAUCAAAUGGGGAACGUGUCGAGAAGGCGUCCUGUCCCAGCUGCAACGAUUUGAGUCCCUGCCCCAGGAUGGCCUCAAGUUAAUGGAGUCUUAUCAGGCUGUCCUUGAUAACGAUGAGACUUUCACCCAAUAUUUCUCAGACAAGCCACUUGAAAGUUACACUAUCGAAACACGUCUAAGGGAAACAUUGGGGAUUCGUCCUCCUAGGCAGAAUAAUCCCUCAAUCAGCUGGGUCAACAUUUUCCGACAUGGCAGUUUCGAAAAGCAAAGUGAUGGCUCCUACUACUGUUAUGAUGAAGGAAAGCUCGUGGAAAUUGACAAGUCCCUUCACAAAUGCAUCCUACUCAACCGAUGCUUCCUCCCGACCAACUCGUACCUGUGGCCAAGUCCUGCCGACGCUGAACGAGAAGCUGAAGUCACUUUGGCAAUCGAGGCAGAUAUCCUGGACGAAAUCGACAAAAAGAUCAAGUACGUGGAGAAAUUGAAGCGACUUCAGCUGGCUCUGAAGAAACGCCGAAAUAAGCUCCAGGGCAUUCGAGUCCCCGUGAAAAGGUCUCGUACGCCGCAAACCCCUGUACAGUACCCUACACCAAACGAGUCACGUCGUCCCACGGUCUCCGUUGAGACACGCGAUGCCCGUGCACGCAGUUCAUCCGAGAGCUCGGGUAUCUCAAGUGGAUCCGACAUCCCUUUCGCCGUCUCCGGUGAUAACUCAAGGCCACUAUCGUAUGACAGAGAUGAUGCGGCUGGCAGCUCAGGCCAAGAGCAUUCGAAUCUCAUCGAUCUUGCCGAAGGCAACCAGAACCCACACGAUAAUAAGAUGGGAGUGUCGGUGGCUAGACGUCGCAGCAACAGAAAUCCUGAGGUCGCACCAAUCCAGCAUGACAAACAGAAGUCUAAGCAAUCCCAAGGAGAUGAGUCGCCUAAACACCAGCUCGAUGACACACAGAAGUCUAAGCAAUCCCAAGGAGAUGAAUCGCCUAAACACCAGCUCGAUGACAACGAGGACCUGGUGCAACCACCUCCAAAAAAGCAAAAGUUCGAGACUGAGCCGCUCCCAACAGAUAUCGUCCAAACGGAUAUCAUUCCAACAGACAUCGUCCCAACAGACAUUGUGCCAACAGAUAUCGAGACUAUCGACCUUAGUGAAGAAUUGCCAAUGUGGAAAGGAAAGGUCGAUACGCCCACUAAACCGCAGCCCAAAUCUUCCACCGGGAAGCGCAUAGGACAGAAGCGAACACGGAAUAACUUCACCGACUACGAGAAGAAGCACGCCCCAGCCUGGUUCAAGAGCCAGAUAGACGCAGGAAGGCUCCCGGCCGAUGUUGAGAAGGCCUAUGCCGAAAAGUUUGGUGUCUUCCACCGCUUCCUCACAGUGAAGCUUUGGGUCGACCGAAUGGAGGAAAGGGCCAGUAGAGCACAGCCCCCGAGCAAAAUCGUGGUAUUGAAACCGAUCCGGAAGUUCCCAACGAGCCGGGCAAUGUCACCGGCAGCUGUCUCCAGUACUAGUUUUCCCCCCGCGCCGCCCUAUGUAUCUCCAUAUCCCUUAUUCCGCCCUAAUGGGCUGCCGGGCUCAUCCGUCGCGUACCAGCUGGACUGGCCCUCCAAACUGGCUGGAUUACCCUCAACUAAGAGUGGCCUUCCGAAUGUGUACUGA